UUCGCUCUUUAACCGUGUGGAGAUUACCAAUCGCUUCUCCGUGCUUCUUUAAAUGGAGAGGGGUAUCUGUCUUCUCACGCAACAGGCUGCACCACCAAUGUGAAGAGCAGCAUUGUAACUGCGCAUUCGCGGCAGACUUUGUCUACGCCAGCGCCGAGGAUGAAGAAGCAAAACGUCCGGACCCUGUCGCUCAUCCUCUGCAUGUUCUCCUACUUGCUGGUGGGCGCCGCCGUCUUCGACGCGCUCGAGUCUGAGACGGAGAGCUACCGCAGGCGCGUCUUGGAGCAGAAGCGCAACGAGAUGAAGAAGAAGUACCGCUUUUCCGAGGAAGACUACCGCGAAAUUGAACGGGUGGUACUGCAAGCGGAGCCCCAUCGAGCCGGGAGACAGUGGAAAUUUGCUGGUUCUUUUUACUUCGCUAUUACAGUCAUCACCACCAUUGGUUAUGGUCAUGCAGCACCAGGCACAGACACAGGAAAGGUGUUCUGCAUGUUCUACGCAGUACUGGGCAUUCCUCUGACUUUGGUCAUGUUCCAGAGCCUGGGAGAGAGGAUGAACACAUUUGUGCGCUAUCUCCUCUAUAAGGCCAAACAGUGCCUGGGCUUUAAACUCACUGAGGUGUCCAUGGAGAACAUGGUUCUAGUAGGCUUUUUAUCCUGUAUUGGUACACUGUGUGUGGGAGCUGCAGCUUUCGCUCACUUUGAGGGAUGGAGCUUCUUCCAUGCUUACUACUACUGCUUCAUCACACUCACCACAAUUGGCUUUGGAGACUUUGUGGCCCUGCAGAAAAAAGAGGACCUCCAGGAGAAAACCCCCUAUGUGGUUUUCAGCUUCAUGUACAUUCUGGUAGGACUUACAGUUAUUGGGGCCUUCCUGAACUUGGUGGUGCUUCGCUUUCUCACCAUGAACAGUGAAGAUGAGAAAAGAGAUGCUCAAGAAAGGGCAUCCUUGAAGAGGGACAGAGGCCUUUUGGAUGGGGCCUUGAGUAUCCAUCUCGUGGGUGACCACAGCAGAAAUGACUGCAGGGAGAGGAGCAGACACAACCUGGCGUACAGUCCGCUGUUCGUGCCGAUGGAGGAGGGAACGAGUCGCACCAACCUCAUCGGAUCCUCAGCAGACAACCACGAGAGAGGGAGAAGCCCCUGCAAACACCGACUGCAUUUGCAGGUGACGGCAGACGCACGCAAGCCAGAGUCAAGCCUCAGCUCUCUUUGCUCUUGUGUGUGCUACCGUCUGGGCAUUUGUGAUAGCCCUCUCAUGGCCCGCAGUCAACGCAAAGGCUGCCGUGUCAGUUCUGUUUACUACAACUCUGUCUCCUAUAGGAUCCACAGCAGCACCCCGGGCUCCAGGAACAAUAGUAGACUCUCUUCCCCUGGAAGCACACUCUCACAUGUCUUCCAAGAGUUUCCUCGAUCAAGGAGAAUGUCAGUGUGAGGCCCUGGGUUUUUUUGUUUGUUUUUGAGUUUGUUUCCCCCCUUGUUUGGAAUGGUCAGUGAAGCAUUUUUUUCUUUUGCUUAUUAAAAAUGUUCUUUUGUAAAGCACACUACUGUCAAAUAAGCUGCUGCUAUCCUUGUGCACGUUUCCCAAGUGCAUGCUCAUUGGAAUGUAUAGCACACAAUGUGGAUGCUGAGUGGUUCUGUAAGAUAUAAAGUGUCUUCUAAUCCGCAUUUAAAACUAAAAUGGUUUCCUUUCACCAUAGCAUGCUACUAAAUAAGAUCACCAAAAUACCUUUAUAAGAAAACAGCUCUCAGAAUGUUGCAGUGCAUUCUACAUCACUGGACACUACAUCCACAAUAACACACAUGCCUCUGACAGUCUUGCAACUUUAAACUUGUUUUAAUUACAAAUACUAUUUCAGAAUUUGUAAAAACUGAUGAUUUGGUCUUGUAUUGGAUGUCAUUAGAUUGUACCAAUGAUUUGACCUGCACGUGUAUACAUAUUGUGAAAAGGCCUUAAUCAACUUUGACCCAGCAAAGGAGAGAUGUGGCUUCUUAGCUCAGUGAAUUUAAUACAUUUUUGUAAUACAUAUCAAGAGGGGUGGUGUGUGUGUGUGUGUGUGUGUGUGUGUGUGUGUGUACGUCUGUGGAGAGGGGUCUUAUUGUCUAACAAUAAUUCACUUGAAUGUAAACACUGAUUUAUACUUUAUUUAAUGGAUGCAGCAGAUACAUGAUGCGGAAUGUAGCAUGGUACAGUAAACCUCCCAUGAUAUUUGAAAACACAUAAGGGAA